GCCGUACCCACCUGCUCGGGGCAGCGAGGCCCUGGAGGGUGGGAGGGACGCUGCUGAACGCGAGCCGCCUGGCUUUGCAACUGACAGAUUACAUAGAGGUCCCUUGUGACUCCGGUCUUGACUUAGAGAUGGAGGAAUCAGGAUCGUCGUCCUCUUUUGUCUCCAAGCAAUAGCCACAGAGGCUGGCGGGACAGAGCAACAUCAAGACAGGCAUGGCUGAGCAGAGUCUCAUUUCAUCUGAACAGUGGCUUCAGUUGCACGGACUUAAGAGCAAGAAGCUGAGCUUGAAGCAGAUCUUGUCCCAGAUUGGAUUCCCACAGUGUGAAGAUUAUGUGACCUCCUUGAGGAGACUCGUGGCUUCUCGGUAUGCUGAUGGCCUGUUUCCACAAUUCUACACAGCAGAAGAUGGCAAGCUUUACAAUCUGACAGCAAAGUCAGAGCUGAUGUGCCAGUUUGUGGAUUGUUUAACACAAGCUGUGGAGACUUAUAAGCAGCGGUUGGACUGGCUCACCAGCAGGAGCCGGCAGAUUUUUGGUGUCAUCUUGGAACAGAGCAUCACCAUAGUACUGGAUUUCAAUGACAUUGUGAUGGAGGAGCUCAGUCUGUGCCAGGAGGCUCUGGCAAUGGUCCUCCAGGAGCAAGUGGCCCUGCUCGCCAAGUUCAACAUCAUAUGGGUUUCUGAAGAGCCAGUGAAAUGGCAGGAGUGUGCUACCUCUGUGACUGAACACUCCAUCGCUGCUGCCAUCAGCUGGAUGCAGGAGACGGCUGUUGAGCCCAUGGCUGUGGCAGAGGUUAGCUGCCUGGAUGCUCUGCUGGAAGCUGGGAAAGACGAAACUAUCGAAGCCAUUUACUACUUUGUGGUGGGGGAUGUUCCUGAGGAGUCCCAGGAACUUCUUCUCCAGAGGGCUUUGGAGAUCCCAUAUCCAGUCUGCGCAGUGUCCUUCAAUGCCAGAGGAGAAGAAACAGUAGCUUUCCUAAAGGAUCUGAGUGCCAAGAACCAAGGCAGAUUCCACGCCUUUGCUGAGAGAAUCGAGUGUCUAGAGUUCUCUGCCUUUUCCACAGAGGAGGUUGACAGCUCAAUGACUUGGAAUUCAAGGAAACUGAAAGGGAGACUCCCUCCAGGUGCUGGGGUCAGAGAGGAUGUGUUUCUCAUCUGGAGAGAAAUGGAAGAAGCUUGCAGCAUACUGGCUCAGGUGCGGAGGCUGGUGGACAAGCCUCCUCAGUCGGACGUGUCCCCAGCAGACUGCAACACGGAGACAACGUCUGUUGAGGGUAAGGAAAAUGCAGAAGACAUGUGGGAUUCUCAGAAGUGGCUCCACAAAUACGGCCUGAAGGCGCAGAAGCUGACCUUUUAUGAUGUCCUCGCCGACUGCUCCUUCCGCCAUGCCGAUGGAGUUGUUGAUAUAAAAGCCAAGCCAGGAGAUGAGUCUGUGAAGACCAGUGCGGACAUCAACAGGAAGACAGUCCACGCCAGAUACUGCAGAAGAUUCAUCCACGUCCCCUGGAAGGAUGGAAGCUUGGUCCAUGUCAACAUUACCAAGGAGAAGUGCAAAUGGUAUAGUGGGAAAAUUCACACAGCCCUGGCCAGGAUCCAGAGGAGGAUUCAGUGGCUACAGGACGGAAGUCGGGUCCUCUUUGGAAAAGUGAGUGGAGACUGCGUCUAUGUCCUCAUUGACACAUCUCAGUCGAUGGAGAGCACACUGGACCUGGUGAAGGACAAGAUCAUUCAGUUCAUACAGGAACAGCUGAGAUACAAGAGUAAAUUCAAUUUUGUGACAUUUGAUGGCCAGGCAAUUGCUUGGCGGGAAAAACUCACUGAAAUCAAUGAAGAUAAUUUGGAACAGGCUGAGUCGUGGAUUAGAGACAUUAAGGUUGGAAGUUCCACAAACACCCUCAACGCCCUGAAGAUUGCUUUUGCUGAUAAAGAAACACAAGCCAUCUACCUUUUGACAGACGGGAGACCCGAUCAGCCACCAGAAGUAGUGAUGGACCACGUCAGACUCUUUCAGAAUAUUCCUAUCUAUGCGAUCUCCUUCAAUUACAAUGAUAAGGUUGCAAAUGGGUUCUUGAAGGAGCUUGCUUCCUUGACUGGAGGAGAGUUCCGUGCUUAUGAUUUUGGCUGCAAGGAUCCUAUUCUUCAGGGUAUUCAGCAGGACGAAGACUUGAGCCUUCUGAUUGAGGAAAUGCAGCAGGGCUACAGCGACCUGGAGAAGAUGCAGGAGCUUUACUCUGAGUCCUUAGUCAUGGGCUGGUGGUACAGUGGAGAAAGGGAAGGGGUCAGCAAGCAUGGAAAGGAACUCUCCUCCAUGUUUUUAACCUCAGAAAAGAAUGCAAAUUCUCAAUCGGAUGCUGACUCAAUGGCUGUUUCACCUCCAAAUAUGUUUAAAGGACCAUGGAAGGUUUUGGAUGGAAAGACCCAGAAAAAGAAAAUCCUCCAUGCAGAAGCAACCAAAACCAGCCUGCUCAGAAGCCACACAUCCAAGACCUGCAGAGACACGAAGGAGACCUCCAACUCCAGCAGCUGCCUUGCUCUGGGUGACAAAGAAAUAAGCAUCCUGCAGAUGAAUAAAUACCUCAAUGACAAGUUGUCGGAAAGACUCACUGGAAACCGAAGCCAGGUUAAUGACCGCACCUCUUUAGACAUGUCCUCCGAAAACUGGCUCCAAACCCAUGGCCUGGCGGCCAAGAAGCUCACCAUCAUGGAUGCCUUGGCUGGUACGGUGGUGCCCCACAUUCCCACGUAUGUUCCCAUCCUGAAUAAGCACGUUGUCUCCAAGGUCUUUGAUGAGGUGUCCCCUCUGGCACAUGUGGGUAACAACACCAGUAAGAUGAUAUUGAUAAACCCCCAAGGAGUCAAACUCAAUAUCUACAAGCAAAACGUGGAACAGGCUAUUAAAUCCUAUGAGAAACGCUUAAAUAAAAUCGUCUGGCAAGCUCUGUCUCAAGAGGAAAAAGAGAAGUUGGAUGCCAUCAAGCCCAUUCAAUACUUGGAAAACAAGGCUGUUUUAAACAAAGCUCUGGAACGCCUGAAUUGGCCCAUUUCGUUGAAAGAGCUGUCCAUUCUGGAAAAUGAAAUCUUGGUUGGGAAAAUGUACAUCCAGCAAGCCAUGGAGCUCCAGGAGACUGCCAGGAGGAACUAUACCAGCAAGACUCCGGAGGAGCAGAAAUUGCAAGGGUAUCCAGCAAAGAAAAUCAAAUCAAGAAAGGUGGACCCCCUCAGAGGCCAGAAGGUUAUUGCCAGAUGUGAGGAGAAUGGCUUCUAUUUUCCAGGGGUUGUGAAGAAAUCUGUGAGCCCCACCGAGGCACUGGUGGAGUUCAGGUAUGGAGAAACCACGGCUGUACCCAUCUCCUUCAUCACACCUAUCGGGGGCGCCAUGCCCUGCCCACAACUUCAGGUUGGGGAUUAUGUGUUUGCCAAAAUUGUGACAAGCAGAGGAUUCGACUUCUAUGUCCCCGCCAUCGUCAUAGCGCUUCCGAAUCACAGUGUGGCUUCAGAAAAAUUCUACACAGUUUUGAAGUGUAACAACCGCAGAGAAUUUUGCCCUCGGAGUGCACUUAUAAAGAUAAGCCAAAACAAGUACGCGCUCUCUUGCUCACAGAUAAAAUCGCCCCCGGUUGAGAAGGACCAAACAGGGGAAGAAGUAGAAGCCAAUAAAUCUUUCCCACUCUGGACAGUGACUGAAGAAGACGAUGGAAAUUUGAAACAGCCGAGACUAGAUAACCUUAAAAAGAAGAAGAAGAAGCCCACCAAGAGGCCGCUUCUUCAGGAGAUGAUGUCCCUAGAUUCGGAUGGCUCUUCCCAUGACACCAGGUCCCCAGAGUCUAACCCCAACACCUUCCCCGAGUCCAGGGUGGGGGAUUGGGAGGCGCCCUGAACCCCUAUCACACUUUGAACCCUCUUUCAAAAAGAGUGUGUGUGAGAUCAUGCCCCAGUUUCCAGGCCAGUGUAGGUCCCAGCACCACAAAACACCCACCCCUCCCCCCAAGUCAUGCUGACACCCACUUUCCCAGAGAAGGCUCUCCACCCGUGGCUUAGGACACUGCAAGUCUCCCCUUCGCUGCCACAAGAUCACCAGGAGCAGCCCUGUGCUGACAGAUUCCAGCCACCCACAGCGCAAGGGGCCGAGGACCCGUUGCUGAGGGACCCUAAGGCAAGCAUCCCAGUGGCAGCUAACUCUGAGCAAGCCACGGUUCCUCCAGGCCUACUCAGAGCCCAGCGUCUGGACCCUGUGGGGCAAGCCUCUCUACUGAGUCUGUUGUAGGUACCUCUAAUUGAGUGCAGAACCUGAAUAAAAUCUCUUA